CGACCAUUGCUCCCUCCUCAUUAUGUCGCUCAAGGGCGUUGGAACCGAUUUAUUUUCUCCCCUUGCGCUAUACUUUCGGGGCCAUGACUUUCCGACAGAAAAAAAGGGUGAGAAAACCAUGAUUGGGCAGCAUGGGUGGCUGGAGUCCACAGAACAGGCCCUUUACGAUAGGAAUAAGCAAUCGCCCCAAAAGAAGACGCGGAUCUUAGAUGGCAUAAAGAAGAUCGCCAAGGAUGUGUCUGAGCUGCAUCAAACCCGACGAACUCAUCCAGUUGCAAGGGGAACAGUGGGUACACAUGCCGCAGUUUCACUGGAUCCUAGAGAACAAAGCCUUUUAUACUGUGAGCUCGAAUUCAACCUUACAACGGCUCUAAAUAUAUACGUCAGUGAAGAGCUGGACAAGGGCCAUCUCUCCCCGGAUAAUCUCAAAAAGGUAUCGGAUGAAUGGCAUCAAAAAGGCCAUCACAAAGUAAUCGGCUUCAGAUAUGAUUUAGAGACACAGCUGGAGCUUGUCAGUCUUCAUAUCAAUGAUUUUAGCUUCUAUGGUCGCCGACAAGGCAACACUACCGAGAUUGCUCUUCUGCUCAAUGAGAUGAAGAUGAAUGCGCGUAAUAUGCGUGUCCGAACGUUUUGCCAACCAGAUUCCACUAUUGCAAAACAUCUAGUUGGCUCGCAGUCGCUCUUCAACUUGAUCAAUGCUUCAACCAGUCAGCAAAUUGCACUAGCAGAGAUAGCCCGAUUUUUUAAGCUACUACUGAAGUAAUACUGCGGGCUUUCAUAUUUUUUCCCCCACUAGUGUUGGAAGAGUGCUACACAGUACCGCGGGAAAAAAAAACCAAGAAAAAAGAACCAGUGGCAUUGUUCCCUACCUACCUUGUAGCUAUUCUUCUCACUCAGGGUAGUCUAAGACUCAUGUUUCAUGUUCACGUAUAGUCAUGAUGGCCAAGCAAGAAGGAUCUCCUGGGUCGCAGACCUUGGACGAUUUGGUUAUGGGGGUAUGUGUACAUAUGAAUGAUAGGGCUUGACAAAAUAUUAUUUCUUGAUUGC